CUCAGCUUGACCAUGCUGCAAAGGACCCGCGUUUCCAAGGGCAGUUCCGUCUUCUCGGGGAACGCCAGCCUGGACGGGCAGCUCAGCCACCUCCUGGAGGGCUCUAAUGUCACCCAGGUGCUGCCGCUGGAGCCCCCCGACGCCUGGGCCAGGAGGAAGCAGGAUGUGCCUUCCCCGAGAGCCACCGACACCCAGAGCCUCUGGUGCCACCUGGGCUGCCGCCUCUACCCCAACGGCACGGCCAGCAGCUUCUACGAGGUGACCCUCAACGGGACAGCUUUCCUCAGCUUCCAUGUCCCCAACGCCACCUGGAGGAGGAGCUGGCCCGGCAGGCACGAGGUGGCUGCUUUUGCUGAGGAGCAGCUGAUGAAGUACCCCGAGACCACCCGGGAUCUCCAGCAUUUCCUCAACACCACCUGUGUCAGCAUCCUCAGGGCUCAGAGAGCCUGGACGGGGACACAGAGCAGCCGGUCACACACUCCCCUCGUGCUGGGCCUGAUCCUGGGGACUUUGGCCCUGCUGGGCAUGGCCAUGGGGAUCUUCUGGUGCACAGGAGGGAGCUGCUAG